UACCAAUCGCAGUGUCGUGUCGGACGUCACUAGCACCUGUCACGUCUGACAUUAUUUGUGAGAAAUUCGGAGCCUUUCGCGUUCAUAGUUCGUAUUAUGUGCUCGCGAACGUUGUAGGUGGAGCUCAUACUUUUUUAGUUUUUGCGCUCUCGUUCCACUUUUCGAAAGUAAUCUUUUAUCAUUUCAAAAUUCAAUGCUGUGUGGUGUGAUUACCUUGAUGUUUGGUUUCUAAAGUGAUGUGUGAAGGCUGUACUUAGGUCGAAUUGUGAAUAUGAUGUCACUUUUAUUCUGCGUGAUACCUUGAAAACAUGAGUGUUAGUGUUGAGGGGGACGUGUCGAGCCCCCUGUCGGACGGGCAGGACGCGACAAUCUCCAAAUCAUCGUCAGACAGCUUGAAGAUCGACGAGGAGCCUUGUCAAGAUGAGAAAUCCGAGCCGAGCACUCCAAAACCACAUCCGAUGGCCUUUACCAUCGACUUCGGUGAGACAAAGCCUGUUGAUACACGGAAGCUUGAGGAGCUGGCGAAAAAAUCGCAGGCUCGCCAUCAGAGAGUUCAGUCGAUGUCGGCAAGUCUCAAUAGGCCCAGUCCAGCCCUACAGCGUCCUCCCAUGAGCGCUAAACUCCCCCGCAAAGCCCAAGGUUACAACUCUGAAGGUUAUUUCUCCUCAGACCAAGAGGAUAGUGGCCUAUCUGGAUCUGUGAAGCUCCGGAACAGCCCAUUAGCACAAAAUGUUACGCACAUAACAAGUCCUAAUACAAAUAGACAUAUUAAAUCUCCCAUUACUGACUCUGUCCUGCCAAAACGCACGUCCAAAAGUCCUAUAGUUGAUAGUAUUAUGUCUAGGAGUGAUAACUUUACUUCCCGCCAGGGUCUGAACUUGCCCUUAAAAGGGAACUCUUACACAAGAGAUCAGGUACACAGAACACCAAGCUACGGCAACAUCAAUAGGCAUGUUAUGGGUGAUAUCAUAGACCAGAGCCCUGAGGGACUGAUGUUGACUGAUAUUUCAAGUCCUGAACUAGAUAUCUUAACACCAGACAAUGGAUUAUCCACUCCGGAGCACUCCAAGAGUCCUCUUAUACGCAAAAGCAGAGCAUCUUCAGAAACUCCAGACUUGUUCAAAAAAUGCAUUGCCAAAGAACCAUUGUACAUUGAUGAUGAUGUGGAUGGACAGUCUGAUAACUCUUCAACAGGCACUUAUACUAUUGAGGGAGAUAAUUAUACAGAGGAACAGAAAGCUAGGAUGAGCAUUGACAGGACCUUUGGUAUCUCAAUACCCCAGGCAGUUGAUGAACCAAAGAAAAGCAGUGAGACAGAUCCAGAACUAGUUUUCGACUUCCCAAACCCUCAAAGAGUGAUUACUAAAGAGCCUAGGAGAGACAUUGCCCUCCGUAGUCCAUUACUAAAUCAGUCAUUUGAAAUUCCCAAUCUCUCUAAAGACAAAAAUGUAUUAGAGAUCUCAUGCUGCUAUGAAUCCCCUACUGAUAAUGAUUUGGCAGCUCAAACAUCGAAACAGAUUAAAUCUACAAGGAGUUACUUAGAAAAGAUAAAGAAUAGGGUUAGAACAAUAACUGAAAAAACAUUUCCGAAGUCUCCACCCAAGCAUGAUGAUGCUGAUAUUGGUAGCUUUACUUCGGUCACAACAUCAGGAGUGUUGAGUUCUCGCAUUCCUCCUAAGAUAGAGCCUGUGUUACGUAGAUGUAGCCUAACGAAGUCAGAGAUAGACCAGACUGAUUAUGUGCAUCGGCUGUCUCGGGAGUCUUCCGUACCAGUGUCUUUACCUAGCACUAAAAUGGUAUUGGAUGAACCUAAAUUCGAGAGUACUGCAUUGAAAAAUGCUCAAAAAGCUUUGAGGGAAGAGUGUGGGAUGAGUGGAAUGUCCUCGGACAUGACUCCGGAUCAGGUGGUAGGGAAGCUGUCCUAUUUGAGCCUGAACAGAUGUAAGGGAGAUAAGACCUGGAUCCAGGACUGGGCUGAGAGUGUCAAGAAGUACAACACAAACAGUUUGACUAAGGAGGAUGUUGUUACGGAUGAUAGGCCUCCUUUGAGCCCACGACAACUGCCGAUAAAACCCCGCAGCCCGCUCGCUGGGACGCCCACAAAGAUACCAAGUCCCGUUGGUACUCUGCUAUCUAGGAGGACACCGGACCUCAUCCCAACUCAGGAGACAGAGUCCUACCUCCAAAAGACCCAAAAUGCCAUCACGAAUCUACAAGCAAAACUACAGUCUUCUAGAACGAACAAUUUCAGCAGCAUUCCCUCAGCACUCACCUCCAGUCUCAUCAGCGAGAAGACCGCGAUCUCCCGCCUCCCGAUCUCACAGCUCAGCCGUUCCAAUUCACUUAACUACCGUCUUCGGAGAAAAGACCACUCAAAUGACAGCAGUCCUCUUAGAAGUCCAGGUCACUACGUCAUCACUGGGUCUACUAAAGUCCCUGAGAGCACGAAGAUAUUACUUAACUCUGCUUCAAGGUCUUUAGACACGGAUAAAAGACAUGAUUUGAAUAUGAACAGUCCGUCUUCGGACCGAGGGUUGUUAAGUAAUAGUUCUGAUGACAAAACACUGUCAAAUAGACCACCGUACGAUGUAGAAGCUAUAUUGUCUCCUCACAGGAAGACGCACUCGCGGAACAGGGCAUUUGAAAGCCAAACACACGAUGUUAGCAACGCGAACCCUGCUGUAUGCCUCAAGACAGUCUUGAAAAACAAUGCCUUGGAUUCAAAGUACCCCCGUAUCGAACCAACACGUUGUCAAGGAGACAAGAAAUGCCACCAGAGAGUAUUAAGCGAUGGCCUCAAAUAUAAACCGAAUAACAUCGGUUUCGGCUCAUCGAUUAAAAGAUCGAGUUCAUUCAACACAGUUAACAAGAAUAAUAAUUAUAUCGAUCCUAGAAUUACCUCUAGAAGAUCAAGUGGACAUUCCGAAGAAUAUAAGGAUUACUCGGAUGAGUCUGACAACGGAUCUUAUGAUAAAUCGCAAGAAUGUAGAUACAAGAGGCAAGUUAUAAACAGGGGAAGAAUUGAUUCACCAGAUCUAAAGUCGGUAGCACCAGCAAAUUCGCCAAGAAGAUGUCCGAAUACACCAGAAAUGCAUAGGAAAUUCGGACCAGGAUUAGUGCGAAAUUCCGUAAGAGUAACCAAUAAGGAGCGUUUGAGUCCAAGGGUGUCGGAACAGCCAAUCGUGAGAGAAGAGAGAGUUAAGCCGACCAAUCAUCAAAGCCGGAGGUCAGCGGAACCGAGACAGACAACGAUGGCUAGACUGACUAAAUCUAGGUCUUCAACGCGGGAAGUUCAACCUAAACAUCUAGAUAAAGGUCAAAAGAAAACCAGCCAGCAUCGAUCAUCUUCAGCUCUAGCAACAAAAGAGAUCGAAUUCUCCAACUGGAAGAAGCGAGCGUCCUACGACCCCAUGAAGGCGGCCCAGGAGGACAAAAGAAGGAAGCAACUAGCCAAACGUCAGGAUUUCAAUAAAGAUGACUUGAGCUCACCCAGCCAUUCUUCACCAGUCCACCGCUCACAAUCGUUCCACACCAACAACAUAGCAGAUCUGGAAACCCUGGACUACUCUUCGGAAGAAACAGAGGAUGACCAGAUGCUGGUCACUUUGCCCGUGGAUCCCAUGGUCACAUCCACUCACUCGGAUAUACUGGAUUUGAGGCCUAAAGACUAUAGUAACUUGAGGAGACAAGCCAUGACCAAUGACGUGGUUCUGUCCAGAGAUUACGUUACUAGUUUUCAGAUAAACCAAUCAUCGCACGACAAAAAAAGGCGGGAAGCGCGCGAGGCAGAUAAAAGAAAAACAUUCAUCAUAGACGAUAUAACUCCUACCAAAGAGAACAUAGACUUCUUGACAAAGACUAGAGAGGAUUCAGCCACAGAUAAACGCAAAACUUUUAUUCUCGACAGCGAUACUAAUUCCACAACGAAUGGUAGUAGUCCAAGGAAUUCUUCAAUAUUUAGCCAUGAAAAGAAUUCUUUGACCACGGGCACUAGUGAUACGGAAGGAGAGAGUGGAACGGAAAGCGCUCCUGUAGUGAUGAGGCAUCAAGGAGGGAAGAGGAGUGCGCCUGUGCAGGCUAAACAGAGGUACAGCGGUGACUACUCAAUGUCAUCGUCAACGACCUCGAUCAGCCAACGGAAGCCGACAGUCCAGCCCCGGUACCUGGACAUCUCCAAGUACAAGAACGAACAGUCCCCGAAGAACUUCCUCCGAAGGGAUCCCAGUAAGACUUACGUAGGGGUGCUCAACAACGACAAGGCUGUCAGCAAGGGGAGCGCUCAGCAUUAUGAAAUGGAACAAAAGAAACAAGAAUUAGAGAAGUGGAAACGAAGGGCUUCGUACGACCCGAGGAAGGCGGCUGCACUCGGAAAGUCGAAUAAGACGCCGUCAAAGACCGCUAGUAGCGUGCUUCGCUCACAAUCCUUCCAUGGUCCUGUCACGGCAUACACAGGGCUUCGCCCCCCGCCCCCGGACCAGAUCUGCGAGACGUAUGACGCUUCUAGUGACAACGAUUUCUAAACGACAUUGUCGACUUCGAUAUGUGAUAGGCCGCGUUUGUAUUUGUUAGGCUAGUCUGUCACAUUUGUAUUCGCUAAGAACUAAUAGGAAAAUGGCAUUAUACAUUUUGAUAUCAAAACCCUAGCCGAGCAGAAAAAAACAUAUAUUACUCAAAAUUUAACUAAGUGUGUAAAACAUAUCUGAAAUCCGCCCAAACUAUAGCAACAAUCAUAAAUUAAGAUAAGUACCAUAAAAAAAAUCUAGUCGUUUUCCGUGUUACAAAUUCUAACCAAGUUUAGAAAAUUCUAGACAAAAAAAAUACAAAUAAUAUUUAUUUAUCGGAUAGGGUUUUCUUGACAAAUUAUAUAACGUCAUUUUUCAAAAAACAGUUUGUCGAAAUGAUCUCUCAUUUGUUUUUCGACGGAUAUAAACGGUUUAAUAGCGAAUUCAAAUGAGGAAUACAGCGCAGUGUGUUCAAUACAUUUGUUAGUGUUAAGAGUUGGUUGUCGAAACAAAAUUACAAUACCCUGUAUACUUUGGCUCGACGCAAACUGGAUAGAAGCGGUUAGCACUAGUUUUUCGCAAUGAUACGCAUAAUAUUGCUGUAUUUCUUUAUCUGUCUGUUUUAGAACGCGGUUAAACUUGAUUUUGAACAAGUCUUUGUAUUAUUUAUUUAAUAUUUAAAAUGAAAAAUUAUAAAAAAAUGAUGUUACAAUUUCAUUCGUUGGCAGUGAGUUUUGUUAAGUAUUAAAUGUUUUUGCAUGUCAAUUUAUGAUUGAAAUUUUGAAAUAUAAGGAGAAGUACAUAAUUUUAUUUUGUUGAUUGUGUUAAAUAAGUCAUUAUUAAGAUGUAUUGUAACAUCAAAUAGGCGAUUCUGUAUUUGGAGAAUGUAUAGGUAACUAGGUAUUAAAUUAUUUAAAUAAAAUAAAUAUUUAAUUUGAUAAAGCGAAAAAACACAAUUUGUACAGAUUAAGAAAUCUCGAUUGUCUGUUUUAAUUAAAAAUUCAAUGAUUUAUUUAAACACAAAAUUUUAAUUAAUAAUUUCAGAUAAACUAGGUAAAUUAUGAAAUGUCAUAAAUUUGAUUUUGAACAAUGACACCAACGCUCUCGUAGUUUUCCCGCCAAAUACAGAACAAUGAACUAAAGCCAUCUUUCGAAUGAUUUAUGAAAUUCAAGUCAUAAUUUUUAAUUAUUUGACGAUUCUUAUGAAAACUUUGAUUAUUUGGGAGCGAUGCAAUUUUUUUUAUAUAUUAUUAUUAUUUAUAAGUUAUUCCGCACAAAACGAAAUUCGUUAAAUGUCAUAAAACUGCAUCGCCUUUACAUAAUUUUAAUUUUUAUACUGAAAGUACUUGAUAUCUUUUUUGUGUUUUGUAAAAUAUUAUUUUCUAGUAAAUUUAAGGUUGUUAAUUAAGGAAACGUAUAAAAUAAUAAUAAUUAAAUGUGAUUUAUUAAUAAUGCCUACGUUAUCUUUAGAAUUGGCGAUUAUUAUUUACCACUAAAAGUGUAUGAGAUUAGUAUUGUCUUUUUUCUCUAUUAUUGUCCGUCUUAGGUGAAUUUAGAAUAAAUUCUCACUAAACUAAUGUAAUAAUUAUCCCUUUAUAUUGCUCAUAUCAUUCAUACAUCGAUUUAUAUUAGUAAUAUAUGUAACCUCUUUUUAGUUGUUAGUGUUUUCUUAUUGUGCAAUACCAUCACAUUGAUAACAAAACCUGCUAGAAAUAUGAACAAAUAUUUUCGUUUAUAUUUUUGUAAAAUUUCGGUAUUAAAAUGUAUUAUUUUUUCGGUAUUCUCAAUUUUUAUGUAUAAAGAAUUAUUUUUGCGUCAUUUUUUUUUCUCAACUUGAAGAGCGACAGUAUUUUUUGCAAUCUUUUAAAUGUGUAGAUGCUGUGGAAAUAUUUAGAGACCUGCUGUUAUAUUAUUAUUGGUUUAAACCUGCCAGGCUUGAUACUGCACUGAAAGCUACAUGCAAACUAAAUCUUCUUACUAUAUAAAAUAUAGGGCAUCUCUUUUACUUUAAAAUAUUAAUUUAUUGAAGUAAAUUCAAUGAAUUUUUUUAGUUUUUUGGUUAUUUCGUACGUGG